UCCCAAAGCCUCUUCGGCGGUCUUCCGUUAUCGCGAUUCAUCGCUCCACCGAGGCAGGAUUGGGUGUUGCGAAGGCGACGCGCAUCCGGAAUCACCUUCUCUUUGGUCCCCCGGGAGACAUCGCAGAAUCUUUUACUCGGUGCCGCUUCCUCCGCGGAGAGCGCCGGUGCUUGAUCCGAGGUUGACGCCAUUAGCCUCAGCUCCUCCGGUUACCUGAUCGCCUCGAUCGACCGCUUGACCGGUGCUCUGGUGAGACCGAACGCUUCUUUCUCCGGAUCCCGCCGCUGCAAUUCGUAGGUGGAGAUAAAGGAAUAAUCUUGGUGAAUAACAAAUCUUAUUAUUUUUCCUCUGUCGUUUGUUGCCAAUGGCAACCAUCCGCCGGUUUUGCUGCAAUGAUCUCCUCCGCUUUGCUUCCGUAAAUCUUGACCACCGAACCGAGACUUUCAACAUGUCAUUCUACAUGACAUACCUGGCUCGGUGGCCUGAUUACUUUCACGUUGCAGAGGGCCCUGGUAAUUGUAUCAUGGGGUAUAUUAUGGGUAAAGUCGAAGGACAAGGUGAAUCUUGGCAUGGCCAUGUAACUGCAGUUACUGUUGCUUCUGAGUAUCGAAGACAACAACUAGCCAAAAAACUCAUGCACUUAUUGGAGAACAUCAGUGACAAGAUCGAUAAAGCAUACUUUGUGGAUCUAUUUGUAAGGGCAUCCAACAUGCCUGCUAUAAAAAUGUAUGAAAAGCUUGGCUAUGUGAUAUACCGAAGAGUGCUGCGCUACUACUCUGGGGAAGAAGAUGGUUUGGAUAUGCGGAAGGCACUAUCUCGCGAUGUUGAUAAGAAAUCCAUGAUACCCCUGAAAAGGCCAAUCACUCCAGACGAACUCGAAUAUGAUUAAGUUCUUCAUCAAGUGCUUCCGAUGGUUAGGUGAUUAUGCACUUUAUGAUAUGUAAUAGUUGGUAAAUCUUCAUACAGAGCGAAGUCUGGUUGUUUAUUGAAUCAUAUGAGGAUCUGUAUGUGAAAUUUGCUUGUCUUUGCAAGAUAGUGAUGAUCAUGUCUUAUUUUUGCAUAGAGUACCUUGGAAGUGUGGAUUUUAUGGGCAUUGUUUCUGGAACAUUUUCUGAGAAAGUUGAAGCUAUAUUUCAUUCCAGGAAA